UUUAUGUCCACAGCUGAGCGCCACCUCGCUCCUGUCCGUCUCUCUGCGUGGUUCUAGAGAGGUCGCUGCAGCUCUGAGGCGAACGACGGGGGAUAAACUGAGAGCAGGAGGAGCAAAGGAGGCAUGGAUGCCUUGGCGUUAGAGGCCAGCGGGAAAAGGGCGAAUAACGCAGCAGCCGCUGCCUUGCCGGCGGGUCAAGCCCCGGCAAAACGCAAACCUGCUAAAAAAGCUAAAAAGGCUGUUGUUUUCUUCGAGGUGGAGAUACUGGACGCCAAGACCAAGGACAAGCUCUGCUUCCUGGACAAGGUCGAGCCAAAUGCCACAAUCGGGGAGAUCAAGUCUAUGUUCCACAGGAGCCAUCCUCAGUGGUACCCAGCCAGACAGUCUAUUCGCCUGGACCCCAAGGGGAAGUCUCUGAAGGAUGAGGACGUUCUGCAGAACCUCCCUGUGGGAACCACGGCGACCUUCUACUUCAGAGAUCUGGGAGCUCAGAUCAGCUGGGUCACAGUUUUUCUGACCGAAUACACCGGCCCUCUGGUCAUCUAUUUGCUGUUCUACUUCAGGGUUCCCUUCAUCUACGCACCCAAAUAUGACUUCACCACCAGCAAACACUGGGUUGUGCAUCUGGCCUGUAUGUGUCACUCCUUCCACUACGUUAAGAGGCUCCUGGAGACCCUGUUCGUCCACCGCUUCUCUCACGGGACGAUGCCGUUGAGGAACAUCUUCAAGAAUUGUACCUACUACUGGGGCUUUGCAGCAUGGAUGGCGUAUUACAUCAACCACCCAUUAUAUACGCCACCCACAUACGGAGAACAGCAGAUCAGACUGGCGCUCAUCAUAUUCCUGUUCUGUCAGAUCGGGAACUUCUCCAUCCACAUCGCCCUCAGGAACCUCCGCCCGCCAGGGUCAAAAACCAGGAAGAUUCCCUAUCCAACCAAGAACCCCUUCACCUGGAUCUUCCUUCUGGUCUCCUGUCCCAACUACACCUAUGAGCUGGGCUCCUGGCUCGGCUUCACCCUGAUGACCCAGUGUCUGCCGGUGGCUUUCUUCACCUUGGUGGGCUUCAUCCAGAUGACCGUCUGGGCCAAAGGGAAGCACCGCAGCUAUCUGAAGGAGUUUCGCGACUACCCUCCCCUCCGCUCGCCCAUCCUGCCCUUCGUCCUGUAGACCCAGUACCAACGGAGAGAAUGUCCUUGGCUGGAUUUAGACUGAUAGAUUCCAAGAUUAAUCCCUUGCUUUAUCUCCACUCUGUCUCCCUUCCUGCUUUAAACUCCCGUUGUUUGGUAAAAAUGUAAAACAGUAGUUUGUUAUGAUUUUUUUUGUAUUGCAGACAAACACUUCUAUUCUGGCCGGUUUACUUUGUUUUUCCCCCAGAGUUGCAUUCUACCAAAAACUGCUGUAAAAUAUGCAAGAGCUCCGUUUUUAACUGCCUCCCUCUGCAGUUUUCUGGUGUUUUUGUCUGGAUCUGCUGAGAUUAAAAGCAUCUAAUCUUUAAUUGCUCAAAGAUCUUAAAUCUGAAACUGACAGAAUUGAGUUUUGUUGUUGUCUGAGGUAAUUUAUUAAAAAAAUCCCUGAAUCAA